CGGGCUGGCUUGUAUUUUGCCCUUUGUAAUCUUUCCGCCGAAGUCACAACCAGGCAAGAAUCCGCAGCGGAGAGCUCCUGAGGGCGCGGCCGCGCUGGCGGUGAAAGUGUUAACAGGGCUGGGCAAGGCGAUCGGAGGAGAGUCCGACUCCAGUUGGUAAAGUUUUCAAAGCGGCGGCAGGAGCGGCUCCCGGCGGCCAAACGGCAGCAGCGGGCUGGACGGAGCCCGCCGGAGCCGAGACCGUGCGGAGCGGAGCUCAGCCCGGGUUACAAGCUCAAGGCAGGCCUCCCGACACUCUCGGGACUGCGCCUGUGGCUCAGCCAGGCCACCAUGCAGACUCUGCCCCCCCAGGUCAAGACUGGAGUUUUAAAAUAAAAUGGAUGAUGCGACGUUACUUGAUCUUCUGGAGUGCCCCGUGUGCCUUGAAAAGCUCGAUGUCACCGCCAAAGUCCUGCCCUGCCAGCACACCUUCUGCAGACCAUGUCUCCAGAGGAUUUUCAAGGCCCACAAGGAGCUGCGGUGCCCCGAAUGCCGGACCCUGGCCUUCUGCAGCAUCGAGGCGCUGCCGGCCAACCUGCUGCUCGUGCGUCUUCUGGACGGCGUGCGCUCGGGACGGGGCUCGGGGACCAGGGGCUCCUUCCGAAGGCCUGGCGUGCUGACCUCGCAGGACGGCAAGAAAAGCAGGACUCACCCCAGGGGUCUGCCGUGCAGCCCUUUCCGGCUGGUGCCUAACGUCAGAAUCCACAUGGAUGGGGUGCCUCGAGCGAAGGCCGUGUGCAACUACCGAGGGCAGAAUCCCGGCGACCUGAGGUUCAAUAAGGGAGAUGUCAUCCUUCUCCGGAGGCAGCUGGACGAGAACUGGUACCAGGGGGAGAUCAACGGAGUCAGCGGGGUCUUCCCCGCCAGCUCCGUGGAAGUCAUCAAGCAGCUGCCCCAGCCACCCCCUCUCUGCCGGGCCCUCUACAACUUCGACCUACGCGACAGGGACAAGAGCGAGAACCAGGACUGCCUGACCUUCCUCAAGGACGAUAUCAUCACUGUGAUCAGCCGAGUGGAUGAGAACUGGGCGGAAGGCAAGAUAGGAGAUAAAGUCGGCAUUUUCCCCAUCCUGUUUGUAGAGCCAAACGUUACGGCAAGACUGCUCCUAGAGAAGAACAAAGGCCGUCAGUCGUCCCACAGGAAAAGCCUGUCCCUGGUGUCCUCACCCUCCGGAGGCAAAGCAACCCACGCGCCUGCGCUCCGGAGGGGCCCGGGCUCGGGGAGGAAGGGGCCCGGCCAGUUCUCCAUCACGACAGCCUUGAACACCCUCAACAGGAUGGUGCACUCUCCGUCCGGGCGCCACAUGGUGGAAAUCAGCACCCCGGUGUUGAUCAGCUCCAGCAACCCCUCUGUGAUCACCCAGCACAUGGAGAAAGCCGAUGCUUCUGCCAGCUCUGUGGGACAGGUCAGCACGUACCACCCUGCCCCUGCCUCUCCAGGACAUUCCACGGCCAUCGUCAGUCUGCCCAGCUCCCAGCAACACCUCUCAGCUAACAUGUUUGUAGCCCUGCACCCCUACUCAGCCCAUGGACCCGAGGAGCUGGACCUGCAGAAGGGAGAAGGCGUCAGGGUCCUGGGGAAAUACCAGGACGGCUGGCUCAGGGGCGUCUCCUUGGUGACGGGGCGAGUGGGCAUCUUCCCCAACAACUAUGUCAUCCCCGUUUUCAGAAAGACGUCCAGCUUCCCGGAUGCCCGGGGCCCUGGUCUCUGCACCGCUUGCACAUUAUCCACCUCCUCCGUGUCCUCCCAAGGCAGCCUUUCAGAAGGUGACCCCCGGCAGGGCCGUGCCUUCAAGUCCGUCUUCGUGCCCACGGCCAUCGUCAGCCCCGUGCGGAGCCCGGCCGGCCUGGGGGCUGCGGGGCAGGGCUCCCUCCGCAAAGCCCGGGGCAGCAUCAGGAAGAAUGGAUCCCUGCAGAGACCCUGCCAGGCGGGGCCCCCCACCCUCGUGGUGGGCUCCCUCAGACGCAGCCCCACCAUGGUCGUCCGGCCCCAGCAGUUCCCGUUCUACCAGCCACAGGCGGUCCCCUGCGCAGCCUCAGUGGCAGAGACAGGACCCAAGCCCACUCCUGCUGGGGAGCCUUCCGCCCUCACUGGCACCAGCAGGGGCGGCGACACCAGGAUCCACUCUGCAGCCAGCUCCCUCAUCAUGGAAGGCAAAGAAAUCCCCGUCAAGAGUGAGCCUCUGCCAAAGCCACCUGCAUCCGCCCCGCCCUCGAUCCUGGUGAAACCAGAAAACUCAAGAAAUGGCAGUGAAAAGCAAGUCAAAACCGUGAGGUUUCAGAAUUACAGCCCUCCUCCCACCAAACAUCACACCUCCCACCCCGGCUCUGGGAAGCCUGAACAGCCGGCCUCGCCCAAGGGGCCCCAGCCUGAAGCAGCCGCCUCGGGCCCAGAGGUGACCGUCCUGUUCGCUCACCGAAGCGGCUGCCAUUCUGGACAGCAAACGGACCUCCGGAGAAAGUCAGCUUUUAGCAAAACCACGAUGCCAGCGCCCACCGCCUCAGCCACGCAGACUGUGUUUCCCAGCAAAUGAUCUACAAGUGGCUCUUCCCAGACCCCAAAGAGGUGAUGUGCAUUUAAAUACAGUCUGCCUCCACGGA